CUUGCGUGAGCCGCGAGGCCUGCCGCUCGGGCAAGGAGCAGAGCCGGCCGUUGCGAAGCGCGCCCACCUCUCCGGCGGGGCGUCUCUGCAUCCACGAUGGACACGGCCAGCCAUAGCUUGAUUCUCCUCCAGCAACUCAACAUGCAGCGCGAGUUUGGCUUUCUCUGCGACUGCACGGUUGCCAUUGGAGACGUCUACUUCAAAGCUCACAGAGCAGUCCUGGCUGCUUUUUCCAACUAUUUUAAGAUGAUAUUUAUUCACCAGACGAGUGAAUGCAUAAAGAUUCAGCCAACAGACAUCCAGCCUGACAUAUUCAGCUAUUUGCUCCACAUCAUGUACACUGGAAAAGGACCCAAACAAACCGUCAGUCAUUCCCGGCUGGAGGAAGGCAUCCGCUUCCUGCACGCGGACUACCUGUCCCACCUGGCGGUCGAAAUGAACCAGAUGUUCUCUCCGGAGACUGUGCAGUCCUCAAACCUGUACGGGAUUCAGAUCUCCACCACCCACAAGACGGUCAAGGAGACCCUUCAGAUGAAAGAAAGCCUGGCGAGUCUUAGCAGCCGAACUGCUAGCCAGGGUGACCACCCGCAGCUUCAGCUCUCUCUGGCGAUUGGGCUGGACGACGGCUCGUUGGACCAGCAGCUUUCUCAUCCUCCUGCUCAGGGGGCCGCCAAACCUGCGGAGGACCUAACGAAGCAACCGGUGACGAUAAAGCAGGAGACAGCUGACCCGGAGCCUGUGGUGUCCCAGAGCCACACCUCGUCCUCCCCGGAUAUUGGGGUUCCAGCGUUUUCAAAAGCGAACGCCAAAGCCCAUUUAUGUCAGUACUGCGGGGAGCGUUUUGAAUCCCGGGGCAUUUUGCGGGAACAUCUCUUCACUCACGUGUCGGGGUCCCUGCCGUUUGGGGUCCCAGCCUCGAUCCUGGAAAGCAAUGACCUCAGCCAAGUCCAGCCGCUUAACGAAAACCGUGAAGCCGCUGAAGUCCAGCGCCUCGGCUCCUUCCUCCGGAAAGAGAACGAGCGCCGGUCGGAGCUUCCCUCCCGCAGCAACUUGGAGGCCUUACCCAUUGGUCAGCUGUCUCUGGUUUCCAAAGACUCCGAGCCCAUGGAGUUGAACUGCAACUUUUCUUUUUCCCGGAAGAGAAAGGUUAGCUGCACCGUCUGUGGCCACAAGUUUCUCCGGAAGAGCCAGCUGCUGGAACACAUGUAUUUGCACAAAGGGAAGCACUUCAAAUACAGCCGAUGUCAGAGGCUUGGCAACGCGGCAACCGCAAAGUUUCAGCCGUACGGUGACGGUUGGACGCAGAGUGGGGUGAAAAGCAUCGCUGUCGCUCAGAGUCAUUUAGAAUCCCAGAACAUCUUAGACCCCGAUCUCUCACAAGACAACAUUGACACCAUACUGGUUGAAUAGCUUCCCCAUCCUCGGACUCGUUUAUGCUUUCAACCUGAGAAAUUCACGCAUGCGUCUUGACGGCUCAUAUGGUAGCGCCGAAGGUGUUGUCUGUUCUUUCGAACUUUGAAAGAGCUCUGUUGGAAGCCCCAUCCGAAGGGACAUCAGCCACCUACCUGGGUACGUGGCUGCUCUGAGUCAUGGUAGAUCAUAAAGUACGAACUUAUGAAACUGCCUUGUACUGAAUCAGGGUCUUGGUCCGUUAAGGUCAAUAUUAUCUACUCAGACUGUUAUCAGCAAUCCUAACUCUGAGAGCUAAGCUACAAGCGACACCAGACACAUUUUUUUAAUAUGUCGGGAACUGUAGUUUUCAAAGACAGAGCCGUGCGGGAUCGCUGGGGGAGAAGAAGUUUGCAAUUGUUUUCUUGCAGUCUCAAUGGAGAGAGGAAUAUAGGACCCUAUUCUAGCAUGAGGAAGGGGAGGGGAAGAGCUGGUAGGUCAUCUUUCCAUUGAGAUUGCAAGAAAACAAUUGCAAAGUUCCUCUCCCGCAGUGAUCCUACGCGGCUCUGUCUUUGAAAACUGUCUUUGAAAAGCUCUUCCCCUCCUCUGCCUCCCCUGUGCUAGGGACAUAACACUGUUUUCAACUACAGUUCCCAGUUAAAAUUGCAUCUUGAACACAUUAAAAAAAAACAUGCCUGGCGUCAUUUGAGGCUUAGCUCUCAGGCAGGGGUCUUUCACAUCACCUACUGCUCGGUCUUUUUGAUAGGAGACCCUGGGGAUUGAAACUGAGAUCUUCUGCAUGCCAAGCAGAUGCUCUACUGCUGAGUCGCGACCUUGUGGGUACAUCCCCUGGUGCCAGAACACAUUGCUGUGAAAUGCUAGCCAGGCAACCUGUGUGAUGUGUGUGUGUGAGAAGAGGUGACGAGUGUCGAGUGCUCGGGCACAUGCUUUGAAUGCAAAAGGCCCCUAAGCUCACCCCCUGGCAUCUCUGGUUAAAAGGAUCACAAGGGCCAGUUUUGCAGAAAGAUGUUGGGUUCAGGCCUUGCCAAGCCGCGGUUGGUCAGAAGAGACCACACUGGGUUAGGCGGAGCGGAGGUCUGCUGUGGUAUAAUGCUCUUCCAUUUGUUCGCGCCACAGGUUGAGUGCUCCCAGCAUUAUUCCUUGAAGUGGACCCUAGCCAGCUGUUUCAGCCACAGGGCAUGUACGUAGAGAUGUCUCCUAUAGGGUGUUUUUUUUAAGUUAAGUAUUUAGAUGUCUGGUUGAAGAAGAGGACUCUCAUUGCUUGUAAAGGUACAAGAAUGCAGUAAGCUUCUCAAAGCGGAUUCUUCAUUUAAUAGCAGUUACUAGAAAGAUGUUUACAGUGUCUGUUUCUAAAACUGGUUUAAGUACAGUUACAAC